UAAGGAAGUUUAUUUUGUUGCACAUUAAAAAAUGGCUUAUGAUCCACGUAAUAUAAAGUAUACAUCAGAAAUGCAUAACCAUCAGCAUAAUCAGCCUAACAUGACUGGCUAUACAUAUUCUGGACAUCCAGUAUCGCAUGUUCAACAAACAGAUGAAAAUAGAAAUGAGAAUAAUUGUGGAAACAAAGAAGCAUGUUCUCAAAUAUCUCAUCAGUCUUCGGGUACACAAACUAUUCAAAAAGUAGAUGCAGCAACUAUGACUGAUCCAUUACAAAUAGACUUUAGACUUACUUCUGAGUACUUAGCACGAUGUUCUAGUACAUUAGGUUUACCAUAUGUAACUAAAUAUGAAGAAAAUAGUAAUAACUCUACACAUAAUUGCCAAGAAAUUCGACCGAAAAUUGAAUUUGAAGUUGAACCACAGCAUAUCAAUGGUAUGUUAAUCUAUCAUUGUCCAGAAUGUGCAUAUAGAUUUGAAGAUCGAGAAGCAUUACAUGAACAUCUAGAAGAUCACAGACAAAGACCCCAUAUCUGUGAUAUUUGUGGUGCAAGUUUAAAGCGUAAGGAACAUCUAGAUCGUCACAAACAAGGACAUAAUAAAGAUAGGCCUUAUCAGUGUAAUAUGUGUUGUAAAGCAUUUAAACGUAAUGAACAUCUUGCACGUCAUAUGAUUAUUCACUCAGGUAGCAAAAAUCAAGUUUGUACAGAGUGUGGCAAAGCUUUUUAUAGAAAAGAUCAUUUAAAGAAGCAUUUGCAAAGUCAUAAUAGUAGUAGAAGCAAAAAUUUAAAUAGUUCACAGAAUAAUCAGAAUAGCCAAAAUAAUGGUGAAGAAGGAUUGAGUAGUUUUGCAAUGAUGAUGAGGCAGGCUGGGCCGCCUUCGUUUUCUAUUUUGAGAACUUAA